AUGGUAUUGAAGAGUUCACCUGGGAACGUGAAGACGCGAUGCGGGCAAAUUAUCCACAACUAUUUGAGACGUAAGUUCGUGGUGCUGUUUAUCGACGAUAUUCUAGUCUAUUCACCGUCGGAAGAAGAACAUGAGCAACACUUGAGAGUAGUUCUCCAGGUUUUAAGAGACAACCAGCUAUACGCAAAAGCAGCCCCGCCGGGGAUCAUUCGUUUUGGAAAGAAAGGAAAAUUAUCACCUCGAUAUAUUGGACCCUUCGAGAUACUUCAAAAGAUUGGAGAGGUUGCGUACAAAUUGGUUCUAUCCCCACAAUUGGUUGAAGUACAUGAUGUUUUCCAUGUAUCUAUGCUGCGGAAGUACAUAAUGCACCAUUCUCACAUCAUCAACUGGGAAGAAAUCCAACUCAAUGAAGACGCUACCUUUGAGGAGGGACCAGUAGCAAUUAUGGACAGAUAA